GGCUGGUAUAUUGUAACGGUCAAGCUUUGGUCAUACUGGCCGAGAUGCAUAAAAAUAAAAACUAGCUUUUUGUUUUUCUCAUCGGCCUGUUUUUGCCCCAAAUCAAACUGUCAAUCCGGAAGCAGCGAAGCCCUAGGUGAAACGAGGACCGACGACUGCACCUCAGACGCAUUGAAUGUAAACGCAACGACGGGAACAACACCACACCGCACAAAACUGAAAGACAACAGCGCACCUGCUGCCGCAGAAACCCAAAUUGCCAAACUGCGGACUGUCAGACCAACGGAGGAGCCGCCAUGAAUGCCCUGCGGCAGUUCUAUCUGGAGAUCCCGGUGGUCACGCGGGCAUACACCACGGUCUGUGUGCUGACUACACUGGCGGUACACCUGGACCUUGUGUCGCCGCUGCAGCUGUACUUUAACCCCACUCUGAUCGUGAGGAAGUUCCAGAUUUGGCGACUAGCCACAACAUUCCUGUACUUCGGUACAAUCGGCAUCAGCUUCUUCUUCAAUAUGGUGUUCACGUACCGCUACUGCCGUAUGCUGGAGGACGGCUCGUUCCGCGGCCGCAGCUCUGAUUUCGUCAUGAUGUUUAUCUUCGGUGGCGUUCUAAUGACCUUCUUUGGCAUCUUCGUCAACCUGUUGUUCCUGGGCCAGGCCUUCACAUUAAUGCUAGUCUACGUGUGGUCGCGCCGAAACCCGCUGGUGCCAAUGAACUUCUUCGGCGUGCUCAAUUUCCAAGCUCCGUACCUGCCGUGGGUGCUGCUAUGUUGCUCUAUGAUCCUGGGCAACACCGUAUGGGUGGACAUAAUCGGCAUGGGUGUCGGACAUAUCUACUACGUGUUGGAGGACGUCUAUCCCACGCUGUCCAACGGCUAUAGACUGAUCAAAACGCCCUACUUUCUGAAACGUCUCUUUAACGAGCACAUCGAACGCAACUACCAAGCACCUGCCGAGGAUCGUCCCGGCGGCUUCCCAUGGGGAGGCGAGGGUCAGCCGAUGCUACCGGAACAGAAUGCGGCUGACGAGCAGCAGGAGCCGGCGGAUCAAGCACCGCCAGCCGCUGCAGCGCCGCAAUAACAAAACUAGAAAACUUCAUUGUUAAACUGUUUUCUGUUCAAACGAAGAUGACGACGACGACGACAACAAUGUUGUGUACCCCUCCGCCACCUCCCGUUCGGUGCUUGGUGUAAUUAGGCGUAUAGUAUUGAGGAGGCGUGCAAUAGUUAGCCAAAGUUAAUGCAGAGCGUGUGUGUAUGUCAUCUAUUGGUUUGUUUCUAAUGCAGAGUCCAAUCGCCACGCGAAACGUACUUUAAGUUUGCCCUCACGACAGAUUGAACCUACACUGCACAUGUGAUUAUAUAUAUACAAACAAGCUACAAAUAAACCAUGAUGUAAAAAGUCCUUA